CUCAAAAAAUAAAUAUACUAAUAACAAAGAAAACAUAAAUCUGUAUAUGUAUAUUUUUGCAUUGGUAAAGGUUGUUGAACGGUUCUUUUUGGUCUCUUCCCACCCACCAAUGAUCCACUGCCACACCCAUUUAUCGAUUAUACAAAUCACUUGUGAUUAUGGGUGUGUAAUCUGAUUUGUCGGUUGAUUUUGUGUAUGGGUGUGUAAUCUGAUUUGUGGGUUGAUUUUGUGAGCGGAGGGGAGAGGAAGAGGCAGGAAGUGAGAUGGGUCUGCUCACAAACAGGGUUGAGAGAAGUGAGAUCAGACCAGGGGAUCAUAUCUACACUUGGAGAGCUGUCUUCACUUACUCUCAUCAUGGCAUCUUUGUUGGGGGGAGCAAGGUGGUUCAUUUUACACCUGAGCGAAACAGGGACUCAAACAAUGGGACCCCUUCAGACUCAUAUGAUCUAGUGUCUAGCAUCCCAUCAACCUGUUCAACCUUUCCUGAUUGUGGAUUCAGGCAACCAAACAGUGGGGUUGUCCUCUCCUGCCUUGACUGCUUCCUUGGAAAAGGAUCACUUUACUCUUUUGAAUAUGGGGUUACACCAUCUGUUUUCCUGGCCAAAGUACGAGGUGGUACAUGUACUACAGCAACAUCUGACCCACCAGACGCAGUCAUCCACCGGGCUAUGUAUCUGCUUCAAAAUGGAUUUGGCAAUUAUGAUGUGUUCCAGAAUAACUGUGAGGACUUUGCACUGUACUGCAAAACAGGUCUUCUGAUAGUUGACAAGUCAGGUGUAGGAAGAAGUGGUCAAGCGUCGUCUGUCAUUGGUGCUCCACUGGCUGCAAUUCUUUCCUCUCCUUUGAAGUUGCUAAUGCCAAGUCCUGUGGGUGUAGCAACAGUAACAGCUGGAAUGUACUGUAUGAGCAGGUAUGCUACUGAUAUUGGUGUUCGAACUGAUGUGAUCAAGGUGGCAGUGGAGGAGUUGGCUGUGAACCUUGGCUGGGGUGAUGUCACAGAGGAAGUAGCUGAGGAAAAUGAUGCUUCUAAUAAUAGACAGAUUGUUAGAUCAUGAGGAAGUAGCUGGGAACAAUGAGGCUUCGAACAAACAAGUUGCCAGGUGAUGUGAAUCUUAUCCUUGCGCUCAUGAAGCCCAUAUAUAUGCUAUUGUUAGUCAAAUACCAACAAUAAUUCAGUAGCUAUUAAUGAACUUUAAGUUGUGGGUUGUUUUCUGUACAAGUUUGUGAGAUAUCCUAAAACUGCUUUCUAGUUGUUACUUAUUCUACUAUGCUAUUCAAUUAUGGAUUAAAUGAAAUUUGUGGCAUUGGUUGACUUGUUAUAGGA